AUGGUGUUUUAUUAUCCUUCCUUAAUGGUGAUGAAGGAUUUGUUCUGUGACUGUGACACAGACAGAGCUUUAACUGCGUUGGUGGUUGAGCAGUAUAUCUGCAGAGCAAUUGAGUUGCUGGAAAAAUUACAGAGAAGUGGAGAAGUGCCACCACAAAAACUACAGGCUUUGCAGAGAGUCCUUCAAAGUGAAUUCUGUAAUGCUGUAAGGGAGGUGUACGAGCACGUAUAUGAGACGGUGGACAUCAGCAGUAGCCCAGAAGUUAGAGCUAAUGCAACAGCAAAGGCUACUGUAGCUGCAUUUGCUGCUAGUGAAGGUCAUUCCCAUCCCAGAGUGGUUGAACUGCCAAAAACCGAAGAAGGUCUUGGAUUCAACAUCAUGGGAGGCAAAGAACAAAAUUCUCCAAUCUAUAUCUCUCGAAUUAUCCCAGGCGGUAUAGCUGAUAGACAUGGGGGCCUGAAACGUGGAGAUCAGCUUCUUUCUGUAAAUGGAGUGAGUGUUGAAGGUGAACACCAUGAAAAAGCUGUAGAACUGCUGAAAGCAGCUCAAGGAAAGGUUAAAUUAGUUGUACGAUACACACCGAAGGUUCUGGAAGAAAUGGAGUCAAGAUUUGAAAAAAUGAGAUCAGCAAAACGCAGGCAGCAAAACUAACUUUGUCAGAACCUUUAAGCAUGAAGCAAACUUGCAGAUUUUUUCAAAGGUGUUUAAUAAGAGAUUUCUACAGUUGACAUCAGUUUUCUUAGCCUACUUUCUUUUGGCAUUAUUUAAAACUGAAUCCACAGGUUUUUUUGCUAAAUGAUUUUGGAAGCAAAGAUUAUGUAGCAGGAUUUUGGCACUUUCCUGAAAACGUGUUAUAUAUCAACUGCAAAAACCUAAUCAUGAUCUACUGUGUACUGAAAAUGAUACUAGAUUUUUGUAGUUUUUUUGGUGAGUACAUUAUUUUUACACUUCUGCUAUAUCAUAACUCGUUACUCUGGAAGUUUUAUUACCUCGCCUGUAAAUAACUUACAAUUGGUAUUCAUUUAUAAUGACUUUGUAAUAGCUGACACUUACAAACUUGCAACAAUCAUUCCUAUAACUUAUAUUAUUUUGUACUAAUUUUGGAGCAGUUAAGGGAAUAAGAUGUAAUUGUGAUGACAGUUCUGGAUUGACUCUCUAUAUGUAUUUUUGUAUUUAGAAAAAAGCAAAAUAUGUUAAUGCAGUGCAAAAAAGUCCAGAUGUUUCCCUGACUUUCUACUAUUGUUUAAAAAAAAAAAUGUUCAUCUGAAUUGUCAUACCUGCAUUGAGCUUUCAGUAUGUUCAGUUGUAAUCUUCUCUUACAGGGUGACUGUGCAAGAUUUGGAAUAGCUAGUACCUAAAUUAUUGUCAUGUUUGUAAGGGUAAAAAGUUUUGAGGCUUAUGCUAAGUUACCCUGAUGUUUGAACUUGUCAGGGAUUUAUCACUGACUGCUUCUGAUUUGGAGGGUUCUUGUUUACUACAGAAGUAGUAGCAUCAGCAUCCAUAUAAAACUUGACAUGGAAUGCUGUGAAGUGCAAGGAAAUCUCAAGGUAUAAGCAAUUAAUGUCUUGUCUCAAGCAUGUGUGAUGGAAGCACUGUUGUAUCCUAUAUUGAAGAAACUGUUUUUCUGGACAGUGGGACACUUGGAAUCUGCCAGGUUUGGGCCUGUACUUAGUAGUGUGGUGGGGUUUUUUGUUUUGGGGGGGUUUUAUCUUCACCUUUUGGUAUGUAUCUAGAAUUAACUUGACUGUCUACUGGGUGUCUGUUCACUCGAAAGGCAGCUAUGACUGCAUCCUAAUGACUGUUAGGAAGUUGAUUCUUAGAGGUUUACACUGAGAAGUGCAGUUCUUACUACAUGGCUAAUCUCUAGUCUCUUCCCAUGGGCCAGUUUGCGUUGUGAAUUUAAUUCAAUAUGUGAAAAAAAGUAAAAGGUUAAAGAUCUAAAAAAGACAGCGUGAAUUUUGUGCUUUGUCAGUUGAUCUAUUGGAAAAGAAGUAACAAAGGACCGUCACAGAUAAGUGAGAAAUGUGGUUGCUUUCUGCAUGUUUGUAAGCAUGGUGAGCCUGCCAAGAGAAAAUUGAUUUUUUUUUAAAGAUAUCGAUAAUUUGAAAAUGCAAUAUAAAUAUUUAUCAGUUAGAUGACAUUGAGCACUGAAUUGCAUGGUUGAGUAUCUGUCAUAGGCCUCUUUGAAAAGGCUUCAUGUUACUGAUAGGACCAUGAUGUUGAAUUGUAUAUUUUUAUGGAACAACUAAUGUUUGAAGUAUUGAGACCAAAAUCACUAGUUAGACAAAUCAUGGAUGUGUUUUAAUUUAAUUGUAAAAUAGUAGAGAUUUGUUUUAGAGAGAGAGGAAAAAAAAAAAUAUAUAUAUAUAUAUAAAGGAAUGUAUGGGUACAAGAUAGAAAUGUGUGUUUUAAGACCUGUAUCCCUUGUGUUACUGAAAAGCGGUGUUUUCUGUUACUCUAAGGAAAUAUUUACUUUAGUGUAACUAGAGCUGCUAAAUGCAGUAGCAUUUUUCAUUCUGAACUGUAGCAUUUGGAUACAGUUUGUCAACUACUACAAAAUGUGGGGAGGCUUCUCUGGACCUAAAGCUGUUGUAUGUGUAAGAUUUCAUAGAAAGUCUUAAAAUGGCAACAACAAAAAAACUCCCAGCAAACAAAACUCAUCAACAGUCAUCUUUAAUACUAUGAAAACCUUAUAAUGUUAAGGAAAGGAUGGAAUAAAAUAUACCAAGAAACUCAGUCUUUAUUACUACUGAGCAGUGCCUGUACUGUUUUAAUAUGCAGUCCCUACACACUUGAUGUACUUGAGUAUGUGAAUGAGUUAAGAGGUAUCAUUUCUGCAGAUAACUUCUGCAUCUGUUGCUGCUGUGAGGGAUAUUUGGGUUUUAUCAACAGGAAAAUAAAAGUUGAAUUUCA